AUGUUCCUUCAAGAUAUCAAUCGAAUUUAUGAAACAAUCUACCCUCCAUCCUUCCAGCCCAGAUACGCUUCGUGGUGGAUAGCCCAGGAGAACAUUGAUUACGCAGGUGACACUAUUCAGGACGAAUACAUUGACUUUAGGCUACUGGUUCUUCGAGUCUGUCUUCUCAGCAUCCAAUCCCUCUCGCAUGCGAAGCUCCCAACUACAGGGAUUUUGUCACGUCCCGAGGCUAUGGAACAGUUGUAUUCGUCUCUGGCGGACAAACUCGAAAAAUUUCGGUCACCGGAGAAAAUGCCUUCGAUAGAGACCGUUCAACAUAAGAUUUUGCAUGUGGGUUAUCUCAAAAAUUACGGGAAGAUUAGGGAAAGCUGGUCUGUUCUAAACACGGCUGUCAAGGAUGCGCAUGAGAUGGGGUUGUAUCUUAAAGAUCCGGGGAUUCCUAUCAGCGAGUUGGAUAUGGAACUACGAAGGCGAACCUUUUGGAACUUAUACGUCUGGGAUAGGUUCAUGUGCACAUUCUUCGGUUACUGGCCCCUGAUCCCAGAAGGAUACUUCGACAUAGAGCCUCCGUACGACAACCUCCAGGCUCUCACAACAAGCCCUUACGUUCUCACUCCGUUUACCGACCGAGUCUUUCAUAUCAAAUUGGCCCGAUAUUUGACAGCGUUCAUGAGCCCGCCAUCUUGGAAACGCGACCAGCAAGACCCAGCAGUCGUGUCGAUAUUCGCACAGUGCUUCCAUCAAGUCAUCGUCGACCAAUUACCUCCUCCAUUUUCUCUCGAGAGUCCCGAUAAUUCCUGGGAUGCUGUGGAAUCUGCGCUUAUUCUGAAGAGAGAGAUUCUCAGUCUUUUCAUCUACACCACCAGGGCGUCGCUAUAUAGAUCUUUCAUGGACCCUUGCAAGACCCUCCACCGGGUCCAGGGUGUACGAUCAAAGCACGGACCUGAUCUUCUCGCGCUUUCUCACCGCCGGGCUCUGAUGGAUACGACAUGCAAGAUGCUUUCAUGUAUUACCCGACUAUACGCGUUCACAGGAAGCGAAGGAUUAUCUGCCGAGAGGUUGCUCUUGCUGCCAAUUUGUCUCGUUGACACCUUGGCCAGUCUCGUUGUUUGUCUACUGUCCAUCCAGGCAGAUGAGAGGAGGCUUUCGAUGGAAGGAAUACAGACCAUCACAGACUCGGACCUGCAACGUAGCUACCAAGCUUUCUUCGAUGGUUUCGGUCUCCUCUAUCGGCAGGCUCCACAUUAUAGCUUCGCCAAAAGAGGCGUCAGUGUUCUAGAGGGUCUACAUGGGAUCCUACGCGGCGGUCUGAAUGGAACUGAUCUGUUCGAGGAUAGUCUUACUGGCACAGCUAUGACGGGAUCCUUCUCGAGUGGUCAAACGCACCCGACAGGAUAUUUCCAACUUGAACAGGCGCUCAUGUCUUUACAUGCCAAUGGUGGUGGUAGUGGUGGUGAGAUUCAGGGUUGCACCUCUUUGGCACUUCCCGAAUGGUUGCCAUCAUUUCUGGAGUCGCCGACUCGAAGCUGGUUGUUCUAUGGCCAGGCUAUUUUGGGGGGUGUCUUGGCUUAA